AUGGAUCUGGGUCUCUUGGGCCUGCCAGGCGAGCUCCAGGGUCACAGCAAGAUCCUGAAGGGAGCGCGCGGCAGGGGCCCGGCCUUGCGUCGGCAGCGGGAGUUCCUGCCAGAAGAGAAGAAGGACACGGUUUACUGGGAGAAGCGGAGGAAGAACAACGAAGCAGCCAAGAGGUCCCGGGAGAAGCGGCGUCUCAACGACCAGGCCCUGGAGGGCAGGCUGGCCGCGGCGCUCCAGGAGAACGCGCUGCUCAGGGCUGAGCUGAGGGCGCUCAAGGGUCACUUUGGCCUCCUGUCCCCUGCUGGGAGCACCCGGAGUCUGCCCUUGCAGGCUCUGCUGUGGACAUCCCCCUGGACUGAAGACCCCCUCCCUGGGCCUGGACCGCUCCCAUCUCUGCCUGGCUCCCAUGGCUGCGUCUUGGGGCCGUGUUGCCUGGGCGCAGGGGUUCCAGGAUGCCAGGCCUGCCAAGUGGCUCAUGGAUGGACCGGCCUGACCACUUCUUCCAGGUUCCCCCAGGACCCUGUCCCCACUGACCCCAAGAGAAUGGAUGUGGCCUUGCAAGCUGCCCUCCCAGCCACCUUCUUCAGCUGUCACAUCCUGGGGGCUCCCAGACCCGGCAGGACUCCCCACUCAAUCCUGGUGAACAAGGCCCCACAGCAGGGCCCCAGCAUGGUGGGCGACAGGCUGCCACCAAAGGCCUGCGCGGUGGUCAUCGACAUGGGCACGGGCACCUGUAAGGUGGGCUUCGCGGGGCAGGCCCGGCCCACCUACACCGUGGCCACCAUCGUGGGCUGCCAGCCCAGGAAGCCGGCCACCGAGAGGCAGCUGGUGCUGGAGACUUUCAUCGGCGAGGCCGCGCGCGCGCGCCCGGAGCUGAUGCUGGUGAAGCCCGUGCUGAGCGGCAUCGUGGUGGACUGGCUCGCGGCCGAGUUCAUCUGGCGCCACCUGCUGGAGCACGACCUGUGCGUUGCGCCCCAGGACCACCCGCUGCUGUUCUCCGACCAGCCCUUCAGCCCGUCCACCAACCGCGAGAAGCUGGUGGAGGUGGCCUUCGAGUCCAUACGCUCGCCCGCCAUGUACGUGGCUUCGCAGUCAGUGCUGUCCGUCUACGCGCACGGGCGGGUCAGCGGGCUGGUGGUGGACAUGGGCCACGGCGUCACCUCCACCGUGCCCGUCUUCCAGGGCUACCACCUGCCCCAUGCCACCGAGCGCCUGGACCUGGCCGGCACCCACCUGACCUCCUUCCUGGCGGACACGCUGCUGGGCGCCGGCUCGCCGCUCGGGCCGCAGGAACUGGACCUGGUGGAGCGCGUCAAGCACCGCUGCUGCUACGUGGCCCCCGACUUCCAGGAGGCGCAGGCGCGCCCCGAGCCCGAGCGCCCCCGGCGCCUCACGCUGCCCGACGGCCGCACCGUCACGCUGGGCAAGGAGCUGUUCCAGUGCCCCGAGCUGCUCUUCAGCCCGCCCGAGAUGCCCGGGCUGUCGCCCGUGGGCGUGCCCGCCAUGGCCAAGCAGAGCCUUUACAAGGUGCCGCUGGAGGCGCGGCCCGACGUGGCCCGGAACGUGCUGCUGUGCGGCGGCUCCUCGCUGUUCCAGGGCCUGGAGCGCCGCUUCCGCGGGGAGCUGCGGCGCCGCCUGCCCCGCGAGGCGCCGGUGGUGGUGGCGGCCCAGCCCACCCGGGACUUCUCCGUGUGGAUCGGCGGCUCCAUCCUCGCCUCCCUGCGCGCCUUCCAGUCCUGCUGGGUCCUGAGGGAGCAAUACGAGGAGCAAGGGCCGCACAUCGUGUACCGCAAAUGCUACUGA